GAGGUCCGACCUGACAUGCCGGGGAAGUGUGUGUUUGUAUACUGCCGGUAUAGCUGGCAUUAAGCCAUGAGUAAGGCUUCUGUAGAAUAUUAUUACAAGACCAGGAGCACCCCUGUACCCCUGUGAUACCAUCGGAGUACCCUCCCCAGGAACCAACAUCAGUUAUCCCCACCUGCUCCACCUCCUCCCAGUCUCUGGACCCGACCAGGUAUGCAGUACCAACAAUCUCAGGUGUAGCAACAGGUGUUUUAUGAGUUACCGCUGUAACACGGACAGGUAACCCCCACCAUCCGUAGGUACCUCGGUGUCAGGGGUCAGGUCCUUCUCCUUCCACACAUCAGGAUCCUCAGGGGAACAAUCACUUGUCCAGGUGUGACAUCACCGACAGGUGAGACAGUGUAUUUGACAAUAACAGCCAACACGUGGAUUGUACAGGAAGUGAAAGUAUGGAUGUAAACAAAACCAACGGAGAGUCUCUGGAUGGGUCCAGUGUGGAUGGUCUUCCCCCUGGGGAUGAGGAACACAGCCUCACCCCUGGAAAUCAGGGGCCAGAGGGAGAGGUCAGUCAGAACAGGAGUGAGGGGGACGGAGUGGAGGAUAUGGAAGAUUCUCGAGAUUUUGUGGAUGCAGUGGCGGUCACUGAGGAGGAACUAGACUACAUCAUACCUAAACAGGAUGUGGACAUCAUUGAUGUGGAGGGCAUGGAAGAAGAGGUCAAAGGUGAAAUGAUGACCUCAGAAAAGGUAGACAAAUUAGAAACUACUGGUGAUCAAAUAUCCCAGCAAAUUGUUCCUGAAGUUAUCGAUGAACAGGAGCACUCUGGACAAGGUGAGUUCUUAGAUGCUCUCAGUGAUAUAGAGACAAAGCCUCAAAGUGAAAGUAAGGAGGCUGAUGAUGAGGAUAAAGAUGAUGAUAAAGACAGUGACAGUGAUGAAAAUAUUGGUAAGGAGGCUGAUGAUGAGGAUAAAUACAUUGAUAAAGACAGUGACAGUGAUGAAAACAUAGGUAGUGUUAGUGACGAUGAAAAUGUCAACUUCAAAGAGAAUGAAUUGGAUGAGGAAGGUUUCCAUGACCUGCCGUCUGCUAAGAACGUGACAAAACGUCAGAGCACAUCCACAGACGAGCUGAUGCUAGGUUUCCAUGAUGAUGGUCAGUCAUCUAUAGUUAGUGACAUCUUCACUGAUGUCAACGCCAGAUUCGGACAGCUCUAUAGGGCUGGCUAUCGACCCCAUUCUCGUGACGUGUCUCCUCCUGGAUCUAAAUUUGACUCUCUAAGGUCAAAGUAUACACAGCCAAGGUCGUACACACAAAAGAAGAGCAUGACACCCUACACGAUGGUGGGCCGACCGAUCGGGUACAAAAUGUACAUGGACCUUCCGAACAGCAGCAGUCCUUUAGGAUAUUACCUUGACGAUGAUGAGAGACAUAAACUAGAAGACUCCGUGCUGAGGGACAGUGAGGACUACACUGUAAGAGGGGAGGACAGCAACCCUUCCAAGAUACCGGCCCGCAUAAGGGAGAUAAUCACUAAGAACUUGACCUCUGACGAUCCUAGUCCUGGCAGGAUGGCUUCGUCAGCGAGUCUUAACCAGGUUCAGGAGGAGAAUCAACUCCUGGCCUCAGAACUCAACCGUGUGGAGGACCUACUGGCAGCAAGUCGGGCAGAGAGAGAUGAGCUUGGCAUUAAGUACAAUGCCAUGAGUGAAAAGCUUGAGCAGUCACUGAAGGGAGACAGCCCUGACCAGUCCAUCGACGCUCCCUCUAAGAACCUCGUCCAGCAGAACAUUGAGCUGCGACGUAAGUUGGAGGACGAACACUCGAGUUACAAACGUAAGCUACAGGCGUACCAGGACGGUCAGUCUCGCCAGGCCCAGCUCGUACAGAAACUACAGGCCAAGCUUUUACAAUACAAGACAAAAUGUACGGAGAUGGAGAGAACAGUCCGAUCCAAGGAUUCUCAAAUCCAACGUAUGCAAUAUCAGACAUCUGAGAGUUCUAGACUGCAGGAAACAGAGAACAACAUGGAUAUCGAACAGGUCUCCAUAAAGCUGGAGGAGGAACAGCAGAGGAGUGCCAGUCUGGCCCAUGUGAAUGCCAUGCUGAGGGAACAGUUAGACCAGGCCACAGUAGCCAACCAGUCCCUCACCAACGACAUCCACAAGCUCACCCAGGACUGGCAGCGAGCACGUGAGGAGCUCGACAUCAAGGAGAACGAGUGGAGGGAAGAGGAACAGUCUUUCAACGAGUACUUCAGUGCUGAGCAUGGACGCCUUUUGAAUCUGUGGCGUCAGGUAGUCUCUUUUCGGCGCAGUUUCGGGGAGCUGAAGACGGCCACAGAGCGUGACAUGUCACAUGUCCGCGCUGAUGUCAUCAAGGCCUCCCGCAGUGUGCAUUCUGCCUGUCUCAACCUCAGCGCUAACAUGCGUAACUCAGAGACAUCCUCUCAGGUUCUCCUUGACCGUGAGCGAGCUGACCGUACGUCUAUCGAGUCACAGUUGAGGGAGAAGAUCCGUGAGGUGGGAGAGACUCAGAGUCGCUAUGACGUUCACAGCGCUGAGCUCAACGCCAAGGUAAAUGAGCUGACCAUGAUGAAUGAGAAGCUGAAGAUUCAACUGGAGGAGCGGGAGAAGUCCAUCUCCAACCUCCAGCGCAACAUCGGCAACAUGGAGACUCGUCUUGGUGAGCGCAGCUACGACCUUCCGGAGACAGACACCGCCCGCCAGAUGAGAGAGGAAACUGAAUCCGUCCACUUUGCGCUCCGUAACAUCGCAGAGGCCGUGAUGAAUGAUGUUGAUGAGGCUCCCCUGGAUGAGGAGGCAGCUGAGGCUGCUGGAGGCCGCACUUCCCCAUCAAGGGCAAGGUCAAUCUCCCCCACAGCUAGGGCAAGGUCACCAUACAUCAGGAGUCGGUCCAAGUCACCUCUGUCAGGCGCAAGGUCACCAGCUUUCGCCGAUGCUACAUUCUCAGCAGUUCAAGCUGCUUUGAACAAGCGUCAACUCCAGGUGGCAGAACUUCGCGCCAAGCUUAAUGCCACGCGUGAUCAUAACUGCGUCAUCCGGAAAAACCUUGAUGACCUUGAUAACGAACGCCGCAGAAUGGAGAUGCAGAUCCUUAAUCUGAAGGAAGAAGUAGACAUUGCGAGAAGAGACCAUGAGGAUUCCAACCGUGAUCGCAACAGGAUAAAGAACGUACUGAGUCUGACAGGAAACGAGAAGUCGCAGCUCGAGAAGGUUCGCCAGGAACUCAACGACCAGAUUGACUGUCUGCAACAGGAGAAUGAGAAACUUAAGGCUGCAAACACCGAUGUCCAACGGCAACGGGACAACAUGGAGGAUGAACGUGACGACGUUGCCAAGGAUAAGGACCGUCAGAUGAAGGAGAACGAUAGGAGCCACCGUAUGAUCGACCAGCUGGAGCACAAGAUCAGUACUCUGAAGGAAGAACUGGUCUCCACUAAGGAAGCACUCAACCGGGCCCUCCUGGACAAAGAGGUUCUGGAACAGCAGAGGGGAGAAAUCUCGGACACCCUGUCAAAGGCCGAGCUACAGAAGGCUGACUUAGAGCUGGAAAUCAACCGUACCCAGACUGAGGAUGCUGGCCUCAGGGACGCCCUCCUUAAGAUGCAGGCUCUCAAUGAAGGACUUGGCCAGGACAAGAUUGAGCUCAACAAGAUCAUCAUGCAGAUGGAAUCUGAGAAGGCCAGUCUGGCCGGAGAGAAGCAGCUCUUGGAGCAGGAGAAGACUGGUAUCCGAGAGGAGCUUGUCCGAGUGGAACAGGAGAAGAUGGACCUGGAUACAGAGAAGAUGGGCCUGAACCAGACCCUGGAGUUGAGUGAGAUGACCAGACAACAGUUGGAGGAUGAGAUUGGAGCCCUGAACAGAGAGAAGGGAGAGGUCACAGAAAGCUUCAAUGCUACCAGCAGACAGAAGCAGGCUUUGGCCGAGGAGCUUCUUACUACCCGUAAGGAGGUCGAACGCCAGAGCAGUAACUAUGUCCGAGUGGCCAAGGAGAAAGAGAUCCUUACACAAGAUAAGGGCGAGCUUAUCGUCCAGGUCACCGCCACAGAGCGUGAGAACCGCCAACAGAGCGAGGUGAUCGCAGCUCUCCGCAGCGAGAAGGACAGCCUGGAGAGCGCCCUCUAUGAGGUGACUCAGCAGGCCCAGGCUCUGGAGGUCCGUAAGGAACAGCUGGAGGGCGAGAACCAGGAACUGAUCAUCAGGAAGGAGAAUCUACAAGCUGAGAUAAACCGCCUGAUGAAAGAAAAGGAGGCAGACAUCGAGAAGUUUGAGCAUCAGAAGGAGGAGCUCAACAAACGCCUCGCCCAGCUGGAGCGUGACAUGCAGAUGGCUCUCACUCAGGAGAAGCAGACCCACGAGGAGGAUGUGGAAAGGCUGACCAGGGAGAGGGAAGUACAGCGCCAGGAGUACGAGAACGAGCGUGAUGAGGUACUCCAUCAGCACGCCAUGGAGAAGGAGGACCUGAUGAUGCGGGCUGACCGCGAACGCGAGGAGCUCGGUGAGGAACUAGCAAACCUACAGAGGGACCGUGACAACUCCCUCCUCAUGGCUGAGAAUGACAAGCAGCAGACAAUGUCAUUGUUGGAGCAAGAGAAGAGCACUCUGGCUGAAAAGAACAACAACCUGAACAUGGAUCUGGCCUCAUCGAACGUGGAGUACGAACGUCUGAAGCGCGAGUAUCAGUCACGACAGGAGCAGGACCGCACCAACAUCAACGCCCUCAACUCUGAGCUCAAGAACUUCAGAUCACAGUUUGAGGAGAAGUGUGAGUGCCACGAGAAGGAGGUGAAAGACCUGAACAAUGCUAUCCGUGACCUCGACCGCCAAAGAGAGGCUGCCCAGAGUGAGGUUGCUGAGCUGAAGACACAGCUCAAACUGGUGGAAGAGAAUCGUGACAACAUCCGCAGGGACCUCAUUGAUUCUAACAGGAAGAUCAGAGAGGGUGAUGAGAUCAGGGAGCUGAUGAGGAAGGACAUGGUCGAGCUGAAGAGGAACAUGAAUGAUGAAAUCCGUGAGAAGGACACGGUUAUCAAGACAGCAGAGGAACUCCGCUCCACCGUGAAGAAGAAUGAAUGUGAUAAGAUUGAUCUGAACAGGUCUCUUUGUGACCACAGACAGAGGGGAGCAGUGUUGGAGGAACAAAAGGCUGUUGUUCAAAAGGAGGCUGGUGACCUGCGUUGCAGUCUGCGCGAGGUUGAGCGUGCUCGUUUGGAGGCUCGCCGUGAGCUCCAGGAUCUUCGUCGCCAGAUCAAGCUGUUGGACGGAGAGAGAAACAAACUUGGUAACGAGGUGUCUGACCUCCAAGUCAGAGUUGCCCGUGAUGAGGAGAAGGAAGAGGAGGCUCGCAGACACUCGUUUGACCUCAAACAGAAGGUUGUGGAGACAGAGGCCAGCAGGGAAGUUCUGCGUAAGGAAUUCGCCAACCUCCAACGCAAGAUGGGUGAGCUUGCUGACGAAACACACCUGAAGGAGAAAGACUACCAGAUGGCUUUGGAGGACAGUCGCCGUUCUGAAAAGAAACUCGAGGACCGCUCACAUAAUCUGGAAAUUAGCCUGGAGCAAACUGGCGCUGAAGCAGCUGAGCUGAAACUGAGGCUUAGCGGUGCUGAGGGUCGCGUCAACGCCCUUGAGGCAACCCUGGCCAGGCUGGAGGGAGCCAAGCGUGAUGUUGAGUUCAAGCUUAGCAGCAUUGUGUCCAGUCUGCGCAGGACAAUUGGAUUCCGUCAGGAGAUGCCACGUGCACGCAGCCCAACCAGGUCACGUACACCUAGCCCCCGCAGGUCCCGACCUAAUUCACCCACCAAAGGUUUUGAGAGCACUUACUCCACCACCACAGAAGGACGUGGCAGUCCCAUCCCCAGGACUGGAUCCCCAGAGCGUAUGGGUAGCCCGACCCGCCUUGGCUCCCGCGGAGCCUCGCCCAGGAGGCUGGAGUACUCUCGUGAGGUGGCUCCACUUGACGUGGAUCCUGAGGCAGUCAGGAUGGCUCUUAGGGACUUCGUACAGCAGCUAGCCGGAGCCGAGCGAGAGAGGGAUGAUACCAUCCAACAGAACCGUUCCCUGGCUACCCAGCUGAGAGAGAUUGAGGAGGAACGCGAGAGGCUUGAGACCAGACAUGGACAGCUCCAGAAAUCUCUGGGAGAGGUUGAAGAAGAUAAACGUGGAAUUGAUGGACGUCUUGCCAGCGCCCAGACAGCCCUUAUGCUGCAGGAGGAGACGAUCCGUCGUAAUGAGCGCGACCGAAAGACAAUGUCUGACAAGAUCCUUGCCUUGGAGCGCACUGCGGCAGCUAGCGAGACCGAAAAGAGGCAGCAACAGGAGAAGGUCGCCAAGAUGAAGCAGACAGAGGGCAAGCUUGAGGAUGACAAGAAGGGACUGAGGAUGGCCCUGGAUGAGGCAGAGAACAGGUGCACCAAGCUUGAACUGUCUCGUCGCUCACUCGAGGGUGAACUUCAGCGCUUCAAGCUCGUCAUGAAUGACAAGGAGACCGAAAACCAGGUUCUCCAGGACCGUGUGGAUUGCCUGGUGAAACAGGUGCAGGAACUUGACUCCAAGGCGCAGUCCCUACAGCUGACCAUUGACCGCCUCAGUCUGGCCCUCGCCAAGGUGGAGGAGGAGGAGUGCUCUCAGAAGGACAAAGUUCAGGCCUUGAACAUGACUCUGUCAGACACCAACGCGACCAUCAGCGAGCUCCAGGAGCGUAUCUCUCAGCUGCAGCGUGCAUUGACCAGCAGUGAGCAUGAUCGUCGUGUCCUCCAGGAGAGACUAGACACAACCAGGUCAGGGUUGAACGAGGCCAAGAAACAGAACCACAGCCUUAUGGAACGCUGCCAGGGCAUGCAGAAUGACAUCUCUGACACAGAGGUCAGAAGGUCAGAGGUUGAAGGUCAACUCAGGCAGUCACAUACUAUGCUUGUUCAGAGACAAGAGUCUGAGCAGGAACUCAACCAGACCAUACAGAAGAUCCAGCUCGAGAAACAGAGUCUACACGAACGGGUUCAGGGGUUGUCUCGACAAAUUGCUGCCAUGGAAAAUGAAAAGCACAACAUUGAAAGAUCCCAGAUUAGACUGGAAAAGGACAAGUCAGCCCUGAGAAAAACACUGGACAAGGUCGAGCGUGAAAAGCUGAGGUCUGAUGAGAUCGCCAGUAAGACUGUCUUGGAACGGUCUACUCUUGACCGCACACUGGAAAAGCUGGAUGAGGAUAACAUUGACAUGCAGAAGCAGUGUCAGCAACUCCAAGCUCAGCUGGCAGAAUCUGAACAACAGCAUGCCCAGAGACUGAUCGACCUGACGACACGUCACCGUGCCGAGACAGAGAUGGAGACAGAGAGACUGAGGUCCGCGCAGCAGCAGGCUGAGAGGAUGCUGGAGGCCAGAGAGCGUGCCCACAGACAGAAAGUGAAGGGACUGGAGGAGACUGUGUCUACCCUGAAGGACCAACUUUCCACCGAGAUGCGUAAACGUCAGCAGUACAUUUCGCGCAGCAGCCGUACUGGUGACGAAAUCAGAGACAUCAGAAACAUCCUUGACGGCUCCCUGUCUGCCGUCACCCGUGACCCAGACCUUGACCCCCUGCUGUUGGAGACUGAGACUCGAAAGCUGGACGACUCCAUGGACUUUCGAUCUACGUCACCCUAUCCCUCACGUCAGACUCCUCGUCGGCGUAGUCCAGGCCGCGUACGCUACGGCAAUCAGACAUCCACCCCCCUCAGACGGAGCCUCAGCCCUUCAUCUCUCCGCAAAAAAAUCCAGCAGAAACACUAAUAACGCACACUACUGCCUUGGACAGCCUAUAGACUAUUGGUUGGUCAUGUAGGAAGCGAGUAAAAGAGCUACUUUGGCGAGAACAGAUGUUCAUUAUCACGAGGGAACUAUGCAACAUCAUUUUUUUAAGAGAACAAUCGGAGAAAAACUGUUUGGAUUUCUUUUUGUGAGUUAGAGUAAAAGAAAAAAUGUUGAUUUGCAUGGAAAAUAUUAUUUAUAUUUCAAAUCUCAUUCCAAUUGCUUCAGAACAUUCCCAUCUGUAUUACCAGCAUUAGAUAAGUUAUUUAUAAAUCGGUGUGUGACAGCUUACGGAGAAUAUGGCAAUGGACAAGAACAACAGUUUUGUACUAUCAAGUAACAGGUGAUUUUACAGUUAUAUCGUAUCAUGUAGGUAUUUAAUUAGCUAGCUGUGAGAGGAUACAUGUAUAUGUUGUUAUAGGUAUAUAGAUAUAUUACAUAAUAUUUAUUUUAUGAAUAAUUCACACUAUUUUUAUUAUCAUAAGUGUCCAUUUUUAAAUGGCAAUGUGGCAAUUUGUGUUGUUGUUGUUUUUUUUUUUGCGUGGGGUUACAAGGUUAGCAUAGUGACCAAAGUUUUUCGGUAAUUGACUGAAUUAUCUUUGUGUUUGCUGAUGUACGAGCGGAAGAAAUCAAACUAUAUUUACUAGACUAGUGUUUAUAGUACUAUAUGUGUUUACCGUGAGGUAUCAGUAUUAUUUAUACCAUUACUAUGAUUGGUGUGCUACCAACCUCACUGGGACCAAGUUCUUCAAGACCUUAAUAGCUUAACGUUGUACGCAAAAUGUUGAUCUACGACAUUGUCAUAUAGAUUGAAAUAAAAAUUAAAAAAAGAAAAAG